AUGGCCGCCGAAGCGCAACCGCGGCUCCUAGUCCUCCUGCUCGCCUGGCCCUGCCUCUUCGUCGGCUCGCUGGCGUGUGGAGCUGCAGCUGCCGACCUGCUCCACCCGGUCGUCCUGCUGCCCGGAUACAGCUGCAGCCAGCUCGACGCGCGGCUCACCCACGAGUUCGAGCCCUCCACGGCGCCGAGCUGCGGCGCGCGCAAGGGGAAGGGCUGGUUCCGGCUGUGGAAGAACUACACGGCGCUGCAGGAGGACCCUGCACUGGUGCCGUGCUACGCCGAGCUGCUGCGGCUGGUGUACGACCCUGUCGCCGGCGAUUACCGCGACGUGCCCGGCGUCGAGACCCGCGUCGUGGCCUUCGGCACCACGCGGGGGUUCGGCUCCGAUGAUCCUGCCACCAAGAACACCUGCAUGGAAAAACUCGUUCAGGCACUGGAAGGAGUCGGAUACAGAGAAGGCGAGAACCUCUUCGGCGCGCCGUACGACUUCCGAUACGCGCCGGCGCCGCCCGGCCAGGCGUCCAGGGAGUUCUCCCGCUUCCUCUCCAAGCUACGGGUGCUCGUGGAGCAGGCAAGCGAGAGGAACGGGAACAUGCCGGUCAUCCUCGUGACGCACAGCCUCGGCGGCAUCAACGCCAACGUCUUCCUCAGCCGGAGCCCCCUGGCGUGGCGCAGGAGGUACGUCAAGCACUUCGUCAUGGUCUCCACCGGCGCUGGCGGCGGCGUGUUCCUGCUGCAGUUCGGCGGUUCGAAGCCGCCGUCGCCGCCGCCGACGGACCCGCUGUCGUUCCCCAAGCUGAACUUCGCCACCGCGUUCUCGGCCCUGCCGUCCCCCAAGGUGUUCGGGCACGCGCCGCUGGUGGUCACGCGUGCCAAGAACUACUCCGCCUACGACAUCCCAGAGUAUCUCAAGGCCAAUGGGUUCUCUGACGACGAGGUGGCGCGCUACGUGACGAGGGUGCUGCCGGUCACGCUGCGCUUCGGUGCGCCGGGCGUGCCGGUGACCUGCAUCAACGGUAUCGGCGUGGCGACGGUGGAGAGGCUGGUGUACUGGGACGGCGACUUCGGUGCGAAGCCUCAAGUGGUUUACGGCGACGGCGACGGGGCCAUCAACAUAGCGAGCAUGUUGGCGUUGGACACAUUGAUCGGGGCUCAACCGGAGCAGGAUUACUUCAAGUCGAUCCUGAUUCACAACACGAGUCACGGUGGCACCAUCUCGGAUGAUUUUGCCCUCAGGCGUGUGGUCAAAGAGGUUCUUGAUCCCAAUGGAAAUAGCAUGAACGAUGUUAAUAAGAAACAACAAUGUUGA